CGAACUUGUAUUUUCCAAAAGAUUAUUAAGCUGUCUAUCGAAUAAUUUAGCUUAUAUUUAUCUAUAAAUAAAAAAUUUUCUAAUCCAAUGCUAAUUGUAUGAUUUAUAUGAUUUGACAAAUAUUUGAUUGUGUGUAUGCAUGAUGUAUACUCAAAUAGUAGAGAGUCUACAAGUAACAGCAUGUUGCGUAGUUUUGUAAUAUUUGAACUAAUAAGUGUAGUGAUGUGUCAUUUUACCAUGCUUGUUUUUAUUUAUUUGUGUCUUUUAUAGAAAACAAGACAGUUAUAAAAAUGUAUAAAUAUUAAUUAAUCUGAAUAUAUACAGUAUUUAUAAAUAGUAUAAAUAUUUUAUAAAUAAUUAUAAAAUUUAUAAAUAAUUUUGUAAAAAUGGGUCCACCACCAGUAGUCACAGGAAUUUCACCUAAAGAAGGACCACCUGGAACUCGUGUAAUAGUGCGUGGAGAAUUCUUGGGUACAAAAGCUCCAGAUUUAAUAGGAUUGACAAUUUGUGGAUGUGAUUGUCUUUUAUCUGCUGAAUGGAAAUCAUCAAAUAAAAUUAUUGCUAGAUCAGGUCCAUGUAAAGGCCGUGGUGAUAUUAUAGUAACAACUCGUACUGGUGGUCAAGGAACAUCAACAGUACAAUUCCGUGGUUAUCAUGAAACGAUAGGACCUAUGAAAGAAUCUGCUGUAUGGGUAGAUGAAGCACCUCUGCAGAGCUUUGUUUGGGGUAGAAGAGCAUUAUCACCAACAAAUUAUCAACAAGAAGAUCCUUUGGGACUCAGUGUAGAAGGAAAUGAUAAAAAGUUUCCUGAUGAUGAAUUAAUAGAAUUAUUUGGAGAUGCCACUGAUGAUCUCACUAGUGAAAAAUUUCAUCCAGGUUGGUUUUUAUUGCAACAUCAUCAUGCUACGACAUUAGAAGACUUAAAAGCAGGCUUAACUUUUCUUAAGAGAAAAGUAAACUCUCAAAAAGAAGGACAAUUGUCUUUUUUGAAGGCCAAUGUGGGAUCAGUAAUGGAACAACUUGAUACAGUAAUGCUUCUUAAAGAACAGUUUGAAUUAGAUAUGAAAAAUUAUGGAACUGAUCCCAUUGAACAACUUGAAAAAGCUAUUAAACAAUCAAUGUCAGAAGCCAAUAAAUUAUUUGAUGAAGUAUUAGCGAGAAGAGAUAGAGCAGAUGCUACAAGAAAUGUUUUAACUGUUAUGCAGCGCUACAAGUUUUUGUUUUGCAUGCCAAUUAAUAUGGAAAGAAAUAUAGAGCGUGGAAAUUAUGAUUUGGUUAUUAAUGAUUAUGCAAGGGUAAAAAAUUUGUUUAGAAACACUGAAGUAGAAGUAUUUAAAAUAGUGUUAGCAGAAAUAGAAAACAGAAUUACAACUCUUAAGACAUUAUUACGAAAGAAGCUUGAAGAAAUGCCACUUAGUUUAGAAGAACAUAAAAAAAUAAUUAGAAAUCUUGUUAAUCUUGAAACAGAAGGUGAUGUAGGCUGGGAUGCUAUUGUUUCUCAUGCAAACUGUUUAGAUAAAAGCAUAAAUGCUUGUGUACACGAACAUUUAGAAAUAAAAAAUACAAUAUUGGAGGAUUCUAGUAAAACUUCAAAACAUGUACAGGUUACAGGAAAACAAUUUCAAAGUAAUAGGAAUGAUAGAAAUAAUACAUCAAUACAAGUAUCAUGCAUUCAAGCUAUUUAUGAUAUAUUAAUUCAACAAUUACCUAAUCUAUGGAGACUAGGACAAAGUUAUUUCAGUGGACAAUUGCAUGUUGCAGUAGAUGUUGAAAAACAGAUCCCCUUUAAGAAUUUGGUUUUAUCAAGCAUGCAACAUACCAUGGAAGUUAUUAAAAAUAUAUGUCAUAAUGAUGUAGAAGCAUCAUCACUUUUACAUAUUUUACACUGUAUUAGACAGAUGUAUGCAUCUUUAAUUCAUUUAGAUUUACCUAGUGAUGCCCUUGAUAUUUUUGGAAAAUUUAUAUUUGAUUUGAGAUUACAAUGUUUAGUUGCUUUGUUCAGAAGAACUGCAGAGAAUAUAGCAGCUUUACAUAAAAAGGAAACUUGGCAAAUUGAAUAUUUAAAUGAAAAUGGUGGUGUUACAAAGCUGCCAUUCCUAUUCGAAGAAAUGGUAUUAGAGGUAACAAAAUGUGCACGAGAUACGGUAGUUGCUUGUGGUCCAAGAGAAAGUGCACUAUUUGCUAAUCCAUCAUAUCAAAUGAUCUUUUAUAAUGCUGUUAAAACUUUAUUUACUUCAUUUGCACGAUGUUUACAACAAUUAGCCUUCAGUGGUUGCGAAGAAGCUUUGGAUGAUGAUGAGCCGUCAGUUUCUCAACUAGUUGGAUCACCUUCUGGUUAUAGGAAUAAAAACAAUAAACAUCAAGGACCUACUUGGGAACAGUGCCUUUUAAUAUCAUUAAGUAAUAUACGUUACACUUUGAAUAAUGUCUUGCCAAAAAUAAAAGAUAUACUAAAAACUCAAGGUUAUCCAGAUUUAUCUAAUGCAAUUGGUUGGAAUUCUAAUUGGACACAAUUGGAAACUCUUGAUAAUGCUGUUUUGGAGGCCUAUUUAGAACGACGGUGUGAUCCACUUGUUGGAACAAUUGAACCUAGUAUGUAUUUGGGUGGAUUAGAAUGGGAUUUUAAUACAGAACCAACUCAUAUUAAACCAUAUGCCCAGGAAAUAUUAGCAAAUUUAAUAGCAGUUCAUGCAGAGGUUCAUCGAGUUGCUCCAGUUCUUUUAAAAAGAGUUCUCUCUCAUAUUGUUGAGACAAUAGCAGAAGAACUGGCACGACUUAUGUCGUGCGUAACACAGUUUAGUUCUGCUGGUAUUAUACAAGCUAGAAGUGAUAUUACACUUUUAAAAAAUGCUCUAUUACAUUACAGUACUGAUAGAGCAAGAAGCUUUUUUGAAGAGGCUCUUGAUGCUAUACCACAAGCAAUGAACAAUGAAGAUGCUGUACGUAUUGAUGCUUUGUUGUUAAAAGUUACAACAUCUAUGCGAUUGCAAUUAUCCUGUCUCGUAAAUGGUACAACUAAUGGUACUGUAAGCACAAUUGAUACCAAUCGUGUAACCACUGUAUAAUUGGAAUUAUAAGAAUAAUGAUAAAAAUAUAAUCAUUAAUUUAUUAAAUUCUAUGGUUUAAUAUCGUACCAAAUAA